GAGCCUUGUAACAUGUGGUAGCAGUUGACAGUCUCUCCACGCCACCAGCCCUGACUGUACAGCUGUUUACUGGGACCCGUGUUCCGGCCAGAGGUGUGUAGCCUACUGCCCAGCUGACGUGUUGACCAGGAAGCAUAUAGUCCUACCUGGAAUCUACCCUCAUCCACGACUGGCAACACAGGAGGACUGUAUGUACCCACGGAUCAGGUGGGUAGUGUGCUCUGUGGCUAAGCAGGACGUGUGCUGUGUGCACUGGGGCCUGAUACCGGGACGGUAUAGGCAGCUGAUACCUGGUUCGUCGUCUGCUACUGGGAUACGAUUCACUGGAUACCUCCAGCCAUCUGCUCGUGUGUCGUACACUGGAUACUUCCAUUUAUGUAACAGCAGAGGUGGAUCUAAGCCAUUGAGUAAUUUGUACGCAACUGCCCAGAAUGACGAGGUAAUUCUGACUGAACAAAUGUGUUUCGGUUUAUAGAGGAGCUAAGUGUCACCUACCAUUUGUUAUAUGAUUACGAUACACAGGACAAAGUGUUGUGGUGACAGGAUUGAUCUAUACCGAUAGUGUCUCUCCUGUGUAUGCAUGUCAUGUGUUGUUACAGACGUGCAUAUAUACACUGGUCAUGAGAUGUAUGUGUAUGCUGUUUCUAUCAACUGAAGCUACCUCUAUACCAUACAGGAUGCAGUUGACGUCGAUAGGGAUGUAAAUACUAUGUUAUUUUUUAACAAUGUUCAAUGAAUAUACAGUCCACCGGUAGAGAUUGGAAGCCUGUGGUUCUUGUGCAAGGAGUGGACCUCAAAAAUAAAUACUGCUUUGAUAAGAUUACCUUGCCCUUGAGAGUUGACUUUUCACAAAUUGUUUGUGGAGAAUCAACCGUGCUGGGUUGGUUUUGAGAUUUGAAAGCAAGCGGAUCAUAUCUUAUCUAACGCUGUGACUGGAGUACUUCUGAUAUAGGUUACCUGGAUAUUUGGUACUUUUUUGUUAAAUCAGAUCAGUGAAGUGGCAGUGAUUUCUGUAAUGUGUUGAAUGUCAAUUUAAUUGACAGUCAUGUCAUGACCGGUGAUGCUAGUUAUGGUCUGGAGUUUAUGAGAGUGCUGAUGAGAAAACAGUGUCAGUGAGGUUGCCCGGGCUCCACCUUCCCCACUGUGGCCACUGUGCUGGGAUACAUUUCUCCUUGAUGGACAGAUGUGAUUGCACGGACUAUGAAAUCAACAGGAAUACCCAUUGAAAACUGGAGUAACAGUGGAUUGUACUAACGUGGUAGGGCCAGUGUAGAAAUGUGGUUUGUUCUGCAACUUACAGGAGUCACAUGUGGAUCAAGUGGUCAGUGCCAAAUUAAGGAAUUGGCAACCUAAUAGAGAUAACUUUCUGCUUGACCGUUCUGACCCUGCCAAUUGGAUGCUGAUUGGUAAAGCUAAUCACUGUCUCAAGCCACAAUUAAUCCAUACACACUGCUGGAAAGAUUGGGAUGUUUGGACAUCGUGUGAAAACUGGGAUAUCAACUCCAUUCCUUGAUGUGGGAUAACACAUACAAAUGAUAUCAUAAGGAUCUUCAUUAUCACCACAAUUUUUGAAUAUUGAGACUUUAACUGGCUUUAAUGUCUGGAAUAUUUCCCAUGCGUGAGUUCAGUAAGCAUGUAGAAGACCUGGAUGUGCUGCCACACCCCUUGUCUUACAGUAAGUUCGGGGGGAUGUACCACCGCCCGUGGUCAUCAGUGGUGGAGCUACCUGUCACUAAUGCCCACAACUUCAGCUGCAAUGUCCUGCACAGCAUCGGGGACUACUACCAGCCCAGCAGAGACUCCGGGUCCCUGACGUCCUUCUACUCGGAGGACUCGGAGGAGGUCACCAUCUCCAAUGUGUUCGAGGAAAAAGCUGAGAACUUUGUAAUGGCUGCCCUCUUUUGUGCCUCAGAAGAGGGAAAUGUGGAUGGACUUAAGGAUCUCUCAGAAACAGCCAAUAAUAUAGAUCUGAACACUGCAAAUAAGCAUGGUGAGACUGCAGUACACAUGGCAGCUAGCGGAGGCCACGUGGAUGUCAUCAAGUUCUUGCAGUCCAAGGGUGUGGAUGUGGGAGUUAGAGAUAAGCAAGGAGACAGUGCUGUGUACUGGGCGGCUCGGCAAGGCCAGCUAGACGUCAUCAAGUACCUGCAGGAAGCUAACGUCCCACUGGAUGGCAAAAACAAGUCCGGUGAGAACGCCCUUCAUGUUGCUGCGCGCUAUGGCCACGCCCAUGUGGUGGACCACCUGUGUGAAGCUGGCGUCUCCAUCAACCUCCAGGACAGUCUUGGCGAGACCCCCGCUCACAGUGCUGCUUGGCAUGGGUUUUCACAUAUUGUUCGAAGCCUAUGUUUUGCUGAUGCAGUUCUUGAUAUUCAAAACAAGGAGGGGGAGACGGCCUUGCACUGUGCGUCAGUCCGUGGCAAUCUACCAUGUGUGAAGAUCCUGCUGGAACAUGGAGCACCACUCAACCACAUGGACAAGAGAGGAAGUACGUCUCUCCACAUGGCAUGUCACAGGCAUCACACAUCCAUAGCUCUCCUCUUGCUCAACGCGGGAUGUGAGAUGGAUCUCAUGGAGAAGGAGACAGGACAGAGUGCCCUGCAUGCAGCCGCCCGAGAGGGACUUCUCUCUAUAGUGCACACCAUGUGUGAGCUGGGCUGUAAAGUGGACACAGUCAGUGUUGAUGGUUUGACACCCCUCCAUCUAGCCAGCAAGGCAGGCCAUAUAGACAUUGUCCGGUGCCUAUUGCUGGCAGGAGCUAAUGCUGAUAUCCCCAACAAGGAUGGGAUGACUGCGGAGAUCAUGGCUCUGGCCCAGGGAUUUUCUGGUAUCGGAGAUCUCCUCUCUAAAGUCCGAGGGGAACGCGGCUCCAUGUACAUCAGUCAGCUGAUUCCCCAGCCCCAGCCACUGAAUCGCAUCAAGCUCAAGUUGCUGGGCUCCACCGGCGUCGGCAAGUCCACCCUCAUCGAGACACUCAAGUACAGCUACUUCGGAAGUUUCUUUCGGCGAAGUAGACAAGGCAGCACAAGUGGCAAAAGUAAAACCAAGAAUAAGUUGUCUCGUCAGUUCAGCUUGCCUACCCCUCUGUGCUACACAGUCGGAAACCCCAUCUACACCAAGGGAGUGGAGAUACAGCAGCUGAAUAUCACAGGUAUUGGAGAGCUGAGUGUGUGGGACUACUCUGGGUAUGAGCCAUACUACAUGCUGUAUGACCACUUCCUGGGGGACACCAGCUGCAUCCACAUGGUGGUGUUCAGCCUCGUCGACUCCUACGACGAACAGCUGGCUCAGGUCAUCUUCUGGCUCAACUUCCUCAAGGCCAGGAUUCCACUGCAACUGCCCAUAGGUCACUGUGGCAAGAUGCCGAACACCCCAAAGGUUGUCCUUGUGGCCACACAUGCAGACAAGGCAGGGUGCAUGAAGAACAGCAAGGGGGAGUACAUCAGCAAGGAGGGGAGUUCACUGCUGUCCAAGGUGGCCCAGAUGUUCCAGUUUGAUGUGGACAUUGUGGACAAGCUGUUUGUUCUGGAUGCAACAGUAGCUGCCACCACUGAAGUCAAAGUCCUCAAGCAGCAGCUGAGUGAUAUGAAGAGUGAGAUUGCUGCAUGCCUGCCGAAGACAACUGGGUUCCUUGAAGCUGUCGUGACAAGCCUGCCUUCGUGGAGGAAGUCGUCCUCUUCCUUCCCUGUGUUGUCUUGGCACCAGUUCAUGGAGUACACGAGAAUGAAGGUCAACCCUUUGGCAGGGGAGGGCCACAUGAAGAUGCUGGCAGAACAACUACAGCUCAUAGGAGAGGUGAUCUACCUUGAGAGUGAGUUUGUGCAGGAUCUUGUUGUGUUCAACCCACAGUGGUUGUGUUCAGAUGUGAUCGGUCAUCUCAUCUCCCAUGACAAGAUAGUACAGACCCGCAUCACCGGCUGUUUCUCAGUUGAUGAAUUCCAGCUGAUGUACGCUGACUCAGAUGCUCUUGACCUCUUGCAAGUCCUGGAGGCCUUGGAACUGUGUACACCCUGUGAUAAUGAUGGUGAUAUUGAAUAUGAGUUUCCAUGUCUGAAUUUUGUGGAGACACUCAAUGGAUUGUGGCAGAGAGACACAAAACGCUAUGCAAACGGAGUUUAUGGAGGUGUUCGCCUCCACACAAGCUUCCAGUAUGGUGCUCAGCUUAAAUAUCUGUUCCCAAGGAUACAAGUGUAUCUCCGGCGGAACAUUGCUCAGGAUACGGACGACCCAUCCAAUGAUACGGACUUGUACCAGUGGCAUCAUGGGACCAAGUACUGCUGUGGGGACCUGGAAGGGAUGAUAGAUAUGGACCGCCAUGAACAGUACCUUGAGAUCAAGGUGAGAGGUUCUCCCGAGGCACGGUCUUCCUUGUUCUAUUUCCUGGAGGACCUGGUCAACAUUGUAGAGCAGGUCAUAGACAAUGUGUGUCCUGGGCUCUGUGUGGAGAGGUACACUCUCAGUCCAAGUCAGCUGAAAGACCACAAUAAGAUAAUCAGAAGCUACUCGCCAACAGAGAUUCUGAGGAUGCAGAUAGACAACAGACACUCCAUGGUUCUGUCUGGGGAAGUUUAUGAAGACUUUGGAGACAUUGUUUGCAUGGGAUCAGAGGAAAUCAUGGCCAGUAUAUGUUUAGGCAUGGAUCUUGACAUUUCGCAUCUAUCAAUCCACACACGUAGACUGCUAAGCUAUCUGCUUGAUCCUACUGAACAUAUGGGUCGGGAUUGGUGUCUGUUGGCUGUGACUUUAGGUCUGAGCGAUUCCCUUCCUGUGUUGGAUAAGGAGGCAAAUCAGCAGGUGAGUCAGACAGACCGGGUCCUGGAGGAGUGGUCCAAACAACACAGUGCCUCUGUCAGACUGUUGAUAUCCAAGCUGAAAGAACUGAACCGUUUGGACUGUAUUGAAGCUAUUCUGAGGACAACCACUCCGUUCCGUGUGCCCAACUAUGAAGACCAGAGUACAGAAGAGAGUGCCAGUGCCAUGCAGCACACAGCUAAUGCCUCCACUAACACACUCUCCAACUUGUCUCGGUAGCCGUGUGUUGGCUUCUCAGCAGGAGAAGAAUUUCAGAUGCUACAAACCACACAGUGGUGUAUGGUGAAAAGGGGGACAAUUAGUAAAGACGAAUUAUCUUCCCAUGCGUGAAGUCUCCACUUGCUGCUUUUCAUUGCUCAAUGGUGCAUGUUAUUUCAGUCCCAUAGAUUUAAUGGUGUAGGACUCUAGUAAUCUGGAAAGGAUUAUUCUCCAAAACAUAUUUAGUGAAGAACCUAGUGUUGUAGGAGUGACGUCAAAAGCAAGAAUUGAAAUGGUCGAUUUUGCUUUGACUGUUCAACGGGGUUCCACCCAUGAUCCACCAGCUAAGACAAUGGAUUGUUGCACAUCUAAGUAUGAAACAUGAACACCUGCAAUGGCUUAUUCUGUGAUCUUCAAACCUCAUGAAGGAGAAUUGUGCAUACUACUAUAUUAGCUGGGAAUAUUCCCCAAGAGAUUCUGUGUGCAGUGUCUAGAAUCUCAAAGUGUUAAACAUUGAUUGUUGAAGGAACAGACAAUCUGUAUUACCCAGUGCUGAACUAUGACACUGGACUAAUUGCAAUGUGCAAUGCUUUUGUCGGACUACCACCCUGCUGUGUUGUCAGUAAGACAGGCAACAGUUACAAGGACAAAAUGCAUUUCUUCUCUUGAUAUUAUUCUAACCAUCACUGUGUAAGCCUGUUACUUUGAUUACCAUGUUACCCUAACAACCACCAUAUAAGUCAGUGAUUUGAAGUGAGAUGGUGCCUAUCUUCAUCAAAACUGUUCUUCAUGCAAGCUGAUCAGGGCUUGCACAGACAUGUGUAUGAAUAACAUGCAAGAAAUGUGCAUGUGUCAAACAUGGAUAACAUUCACAUUCAGCAUUUCUCAUUUACUGUGACCACAUCAGUGCCAUCAAUGUCCUAAACCACAGCAUUAUGCCAAAACUGCUGGAGACUAGCCCAGGAAAUGAGUCAUUCAGGUUCUUUGCUAGAUGCUUAGCCAGAUAGGGCAGUGUAGGCAGAUGAACUUUGUAGGCUGUAGACAUGUCAUAUUCCUGACAACAGAAGCAUCAACAGAGGCAUCAUUGCGGCACUUGUCUGUGUAGGUCUCUGUGUUUCUGAUCUUCCUGUAAAUAUCUGACACGCGUCAUUGUAUAUAGCCUGAUAACCGACAAGCUGUACUGCUGGUACACAUACAAGCAUGCGUUGAUGUUUGUGUCCGUAUGAUGUAUGUUUAACAAACUGCCUAUAUAUGUAUUUCAUUAGAAUGUGUUAUGCACAAAUGAAAUCCUUUCUACCCAACACCAAGAGCACCAGGGCUUCUUCCAAGAUGCUGUCAGCAAAUCUCACUGCCAUAGCACCAAGGGAAUGCACCCAGCCAGAGCACUACAUGUAUUACUUUCUAUGUUGAAAACUGGUACAAUACAAUCAUGACAUCAUAAGGUAUGUUUUGAAAAAGUAGCAUUCUGUCCCACUGUCACGUGCAGUUGGGGCAUGGAGGGGUGCGGCGGCCAUCUUGGAUACAUCCCACAUUCAAUCCACAUCAGUCUGUUCUCAUAUGCAAAUAUCAACAUAUAUGACAUGUGUAUGGUCUUCUGAUAGUCCCAGCUCGGAGUUUUUCCAAGGUAUACUGCACAUACACCACCUUGUGCCUGUAAAUACUUCUAACUAUGUGAGACUAUAGACAACAAACACAGGGUAAUGAAGGGGUCUGUAUAUCAGGGUAUGAUGGUCUAUAGGCUGGGAGUCCCUAACAUGCUUCCGUUAGUCGGAUGACCCCGACAGACACUUUGAGGAAGAGUUAUACAUAUAUUUAGUAUGUAGGAUUAGUGAGAACAUCUGACCAACUCUUUUGGAGUUAAAGAUAUGGACAUGAUUGAAUGUAGAUAUAGUGUGUCUUGGCCAAGUCUGAGUAUAGUGACUGCUUUAAUAGUAUAUGCAUAGACUGACAAAAUACAACACUAUGUAAGCUACUCCUUUCUGGACUGGUGGGAAUAUUUAGACUGGAUUCAGUAGUGUAAGAGACAUAAUACUCUGCCUCAUCCAACAUGUUACCUCAGUGUGUGGUAUGUGAUGGAUUCUACUAGAGAACAUAGACAGCCUGACACCUGGCUGGUGAGCUAGGUUAAACUUAGGUAUGCAGGUUCUAGGUGAUUCACAGAAACAGUUGCCAGGGUUGUGGUGAGCAAGGACAGUACUGAGACUAUGUAUAUGAUGUGCAUCAUCAGCCCUGUGUGAUGCACACAGUGAUUGAGGAUGGAAUGUUUGAUCGGCGAAACAGGCACAUGUGUGUAGCAGUUGUGUGUUUACACAUAUUUUUCUUAUACCGAAGUCAAAAGGGGGUGAUGAAAGUAUUUGGCGCUUGUUACUCGUCUGACAAUCAGGACCAGUAGUGUAUGGUAGGGAGCCACUGGUACUCAUGAAUACUACCAUCUCCUGUUGUACACUGACAGUGUAGUCUUUUUGUAGACUCAGUAUUCAGUAAUGAAUCAGCCUUCCAUCCUUUCAAGUGGUAAAAAGUCCCUUAACUUGUAGAAAAUGAGACUUUCAGAUACAUUUAUGUUUGCCAACAAGAUUGCAGUUUAAUUAUCUGCUCGUAUCUACCGCCAAGACCAUUACCUGUAUAUAUGCAGUGUUUAAAAUACCAGCCUGCCCGACAGCCAGUCUAUUUUGCUGACAGAUGGUCACUUUUGAAAAGUUGCUCUCCUGGUUGUUAGGCUAUGAUUGUAUUCCCUAUAUUACCUAAGCAUUCUAAGCAUUCUUCUGGUAACUUUGCAAAGUUGCCUGUAAAGUUGUUUGACCGAAAUUUUAGGGAAUUUUAUACACUGGAAUAUGCAUUUCUUCAUAACACACAAUACCUGCUCUCUGCUCAAUAUGACGUAACGACCAGUGAACAUCAUAGUUCAUCUUCUUUCCACUUCAAUCUUUCCUUCCAUAUUUACAUUACUUCUUGGGGAUUUUGAAAUGGGUGUUGGCAUCAAUGCACCAUGCCCUUGCUCAUUGGAACUUGUAAGUCUGCAUUUGUACCCAAAUUAUUUGGGGCGUUGAGAUAGACAAUUCAUUAGUUCAUCAAACCCGGGGUCAAUUCCCCACAUGGGUACAAUGUGUGAAGCCCAUUUCUGGUGUCCCCCACCGUGAUAUUGCUGGAAUAUUGCUAAAAGCGGCAUAAAACCAUAAUCACUGACUCACUCACCCCAACAUAUUUAUGAUCCAGACAACAGUAUUCUGAUGCUAUGAAGAAGGCUUACCAUCAUACAAUGGUCCUAGGUGUCCUUGUCUUUUGACAACCUGUGUCCUCGCAGGUACGUGUGAAAAACUUAUACCUGGACUGUUCUGAAAUAUCUGAUGCAUGAGUUACUAACAUUUCCUUGUAUUAUCCACAGCGUUCACUCACACUGUGGAUAACAGUUGAUACAUCAUGCAUUCCAGUGAACUUAUCCUGUCAUUCAUGAUAGGGCUACAUUUCUGCAGUAUACAAAUGGCAAGACAGAAAUGUUAUUUUCCUUGUAAGAAAUGGCAUGUUUACCUGAAUGUUCCUGAUAUUGACCUAGAACUGUAGGUGUUGCGUUUGUUAAUGUGUUAAAUCUCACAGGCAUGGUGAUUGUGGAUCCAAAUAUGUAGUUCCCAGUCUGUCAUUUCUCAGCCAAUUACCUAUCAAUCAGAACUGUGUUUCAUGAUCAGUCUGGUGUGUAUGAGAAAACAGGGUCGGCUGAAAUACCUACUUGUAUCAGUAGCAGGUUGGUUCUUUAUCUUGUGAGUUCAUAUCAAACUAAACAUUUGUUUACACCCAGCUGUGAUGCUUCAUCUCCUGGUGUGUGCCAAUUCACUCAUUCUCACAAUCUGAUUCUUCCUGUAGUUACUGGCCUACCAAUGAAAACUGACAGACUGCAACAGAAAACUGUCAUAUGCCUACAAUACAUAAGGAAUCGGCAACAUAAAACAAUGAGAACUAAGAAACAGAAUCAUAAAUUUGAAAGCAUACUGCCGAAAACACAGAAACCGCAGCACUAAAACACACAGACUGCAGCCUUCCAAACUCGGCAUGCACAGAACAAAAAGGAAGUUGAAAGUCAUAUCAUGAGGAUCAACAAAUAGCGAGUAAAUGUGUACAUCUUACAACGCCAAUCUAGAAUAUUCGAGAGGUGUAUCAUUGUAUUACUGCUGUAAGAUGUAAAUGUACUGGCUAUUUGUUGAUCCUCAUGACAUGACUGUAUUAUGUUGCCAAUUCCUUGGGUAUUGUAGGCAUAGGACAGUUUUCUGUUGCAGUCUAAAUUCAUUGGAAGGCCUGAGUUAGGUGUCUUCUAAUCUGUGUACUGCUCAUCCAUGUUUUUCCAAUGAAUGUAACCCAUGGACCACUUGUACCAUUUUAUUUAAACCUCCCUCUUGGACCAAAUUGAUGGAUUUAUUCCACUUUUGAUAUUAUUUACUGGCCUUUAUUCCUAUCCUCCUCAAUGCCUCAUUAAAACCAAAGUUUGUUUGGCAUUUGACAGUGUUGCACUGGAAGUGUUGUAAUUUGUUGUUGUUACUUACCAUCUUGUAUUGAAGGUGUGUUAAAUGCUUGAAUUCCUAAUGUAUGGAUGUUAUCUGUAUAUCUGUCUGUGCUAACAACUGACACAUUAAAUUGAUGUAUUUGUUCAAGAUUGUAAUGACUUUUGGAAACAUUUCUGAUGCAUGAUGUACUUGCUAUUAAUUUUAACAGUGUUAAAAGUUUAACUGACAGUGACACAAUUGUAACCAACUGAUUCACAAAAACCUUAACUUUCUUUCUUUAGUUGUCCAACCUCUGGUCAAUGUUGUAAAUGGUAUGACAAGUAGAUGUUUAUUUUUCAACAUACUCUAAGUUUAUUUGAGAGUAUCUAAUGACCUGGCAAUGUAACAAUGUCAUGUUUUUAAGUCUAAUAUUCAAUGAAAAUGUAAAAACGUCUCUUUUUUUCCACCAAUUCCUAAUUGUGAAAAUCAUUUCUUGGAACAACUUGUUUCUGUACUGGGUGUACUGGGUGUGUUAAGAGUGUGAUAGAAGUAGGUGAGGCACGAUGUGUCGGUGUGUCACCCUGUGAUCUGCGUAGGCUAGAAUCAGUUGCUCAGUCUGUACGUGUUAUCUGCGUCUUCCAUUGAGACACAUCCAAUGUGUCAGGAGUGUUCUACCAUUGCUUUAUCCCAGUGAUUUAGUACAUGAUGUAGCAGGUAUAAAAGCAACCAUGAUCAAUUAACAAACACUGAAUAUUCUUUUGGAGGAAAUGUCCUAUACUUUAUGAAAUGACCUAUAAAUUUGUGGAUUAUUUGUAAAUAUAUGUUCAAAGAAGUUAAAUCAUGUUCAGUGAAGUCAUGAAUCAAAAGACUUGUGAUUUAUGGUUGUUUACAGUUAAUGGAUGAUGUGAAUGCUUAAAGUGUUUUUUCUAUCUACUGACAGAAAGUUGCCUACCUAUGACCAGUAUGUCUGUGUACAUGAUCUUUGACAUUGUUCCCCACGCUCUGUUCCUGUUGCAUUGUUAUUGUGAUAGUUUAUAUGGAAGCUAGGCAAAAGGCUGUAGAACAAAUGCUUCAAGCUGGCCCAUAUUAUUUGCAAAUCUGAAAACACAAAACUAAGUUUUCCUGUCACCUUAAGACUGUUUUUUCGACAAUUACUAAAUUCCUUCAUUGGCACUUUGGAGAAAAUGAUGUUGCGUGUGGCAUCCUGUUAAAUCCAAAUUACAUCCAGACUAAUGGACCAUCAUAUUGUGUUUGUUCUGCAUCACUUGAGCUUGGCAUGUUUGUAUCUGUUGAAGAUGGGCAUAGAGUGGAGCACAGUGGAUUAUGUGUUCAAGCAAAUACUUGUAUAUGUUACUAUGGACAUCUUGCCUCUAUGAAACCAUCCUCAACAAUACCACACACUGACACUAAUGAAAAGAAGUGCUUGCUGGUACACAUCAGUGAUCCUCCCCGGCGGCUGGGAUGUAUGUUGUCUUGUGUGUGGUGAAACUGCUGAUCACUGUUCAGGCAGAUGUCCACAAUAACUAAAUGAUCACUGAAGCUUCCACAAGCCUGCCUUAUGUAUAACAGCUUUGUAAGUCAAAUGCAACUCAAUAUUUUUGCUGCACUGCAUUGUACAUUUAUUUUGGGCUAUCGAUUUGUACAGCAUAAACCUGUAUGCAUAUUUAAUUGUAUAUAUUUAUUUAUUUUUAAGAAUAAAACCAACCUUUUACAAGUAA